UGGGUCCAUCUAGGUCCCCCUCUCUCUUUCUGCCUUUCUGUCAGUCAGUCAUUACGCUACCCUCAGAUAGACAGAUAUCAGUCUGUUACAGACAUGGGGAAAGGGUUCUUCAUCAGCAAGACUUUGGGGAUAGUUGGUGUGAUCGUGGGGACUGGAGUGGUGGCCACCAUCAUCGCCCUGUCAGUGGUCUAUAGCCAGGAGAAGGCCAAGAUCCAUGAGGCAGUGAAUCCCCCCACUACUCCCUCCACUCCCUGGGAACACUACAGACUGCCUGACUCCCUGUCUCCUGUCUCCUACAACAUCACCCUCUGGCCUCGACUGGUUGUCAACGCCUCUACUGGCCUCUUCAUCUUCACAGGACAGUCAGCUGUGGUGUUCCAGUGUGAGAAGGACACAGAUCUGAUCCUCAUCCACGCUAACAAGCUGAACCUGACUCUGCUCAGCCUGAGUAGCCGGGAUGGAGCUUCUGCUCCCACCAUAAAGAAAAGCUGGCUGGAGGUUCCUACUCAGUUCUUAGUGAUCCAGCUGAAUAGUAAUCUGAUGGCAGGGAGACAGUAUGAGCUGUACACAGAGUUUAUAGGAGAACUGGCUGAUGACCUGGGAGGCUUCUACAGGAGUGAAUAUACAGAGGGGACCAGUCCCCCGGUGAAAAAAGUUGUAGCAACCACUCAGAUGCAGCCUGUGGACGCCAGGAAAGCCUUCCCCUGCUUUGAUGAACCUGCCAUGAAGGCCGUGUUCCACAUGACCCUCCUCCACGCACAUGGAACAGUGGCUCUGGCCAAUGGCAUGAAUCUAGCCUCAGUCAAUGUCACUGUCAACGGCCAGGAUGUUACUCGGACCAGCUUCCAACCCACACCCCUCAUGUCAACCUACCUACUCGCCUUUGUCGUCAGUGAGUUCGGUUUCAUCCAGUCACCAGAAGGGGAAAAAGUUUUGAUCAGGAUUUGGGCUCGUAAACAGGCCAUUGCUGAGGGCCAGGGAGAUUACGCCCUCGAAAAAACUGGACCAAUCCUGGAGUUCUUUGAAAACUACUACAGCUCAAGCUAUCCUCUGACCAAAUCAGACCAGAUAGCUCUGCCUGACUUCAGUGCUGGAGCCAUGGAGAACUGGGGUCUGAUCACCUACAGAGAGACAGCCCUGCUCUACAACCCUGCCAGCUCGUCCAAUGGAGACAAAGAGUGGAUCGCUACGGUCAUCUCUCAUGAACUGGCUCACAUGUGGUUUGGUAACCUGGUGACCAUGAAGUGGUGGAAUGACCUGUGGCUCAACGAGGGUUUUGCCUCCUACGUCUCGUAUCUGGGGGCCAACUCUGCUGAACCCACGUGGAACGUAACAGACCUGAUAGUGCUGAAGGAGGUGCAUGGGGCGAUGUCUGUAGACGCGCUGGCCUCCUCUCACCCUCUCUCUGCUAAGGAGGAAGACAUCAUGAGGCCUGCACAGAUCAGUGAACUGUUUGACACCAUCACCUACAGCAAGGGAGCUGCAGUUCUGAGGAUGCUGUCUGAGUUCUUGACAGAGCCGGUAUUCGCCCGAGGACUUAGUACGUAUCUGAAUACAUUCAAGUACAGCAACACGGUUUACCAGGACCUCUGGAAGCACCUGCAGAUGGCCGCCGACUCGACGCCAGGGUUAGACCUCCCAGCCUCUGUAGAUGACAUCAUGAACCGUUGGAUCCUCCAGAUGGGCUUCCCAGUGGUUACCAUAGAUACGGCCACAGGAAGCAUCAACCAGAGACACUUCCUACUGGACCCUGACUCUGUAGUGGACAGACCCUCUCCUUUCAACUAUGAAUGGAUUGUUCCUAUAAAGUGGAUGAAGAAUGGGAAAGAUCAGACUCCAUACUGGUUACAGACUAAAACAGCCACCCAUCUACCAAUGAAAACUUUGGGAUCUGAUUGGAUGUUGGCCAAUACCAAGGUUUCUGGAUUCUUCAGGGUCAACUAUGACAGUAGUAACUGGGAUCGACUCCUCACCCAGCUCAGCACAGACCAUGAGGCUAUUCCAGUGAUCAACAGAGCCCAGGUUGUGGAUGAUGCUUUUAACCUGGCUAGGGCGAGGAUAGUCAGCACUAUACUGGCUCUGAGAACCACCCUGUUCCUUCAGAGGGAGAGAGAGUACAUGCCCUGGCAAACAGCUGACAGGAACCUGGGCUACUUCUUCCUCAUGUUCGACCGCAGCGACGUCUACGGACCCAUGCAGGCUUACCUCAAUAAACAAGUCACGCCUCUUUUCAACCACUUCAAGACUAUCACUGCUGACUGGACCAAGAUUCCUGAGAAACACACUGACCAGUACAACCAGGUGAAUGCCAUCUCUAUAGCCUGCAGUACAGGAGUAGCAGGCUGUGAGGAGCUGACUACAGGCUGGUUCAAAGACUGGAUGAAAACGCCCGAGAACAACACGAUUCACCCCAACCUGAGGCAGACGGUGUACUGCAGCGCCAUCGCAGCAGGAGGGGUGGAGGAGUGGGACUUCGCCUGGAGGAUGUACAGAGAGGCUUCCAUUGCCUCUGAGGCUGACAAGCUGAUGUAUUCCCUGGCCUGCACCAGGGCUCCCUGGUUACUGAACAGGUAUCUGAACUACUGUCUGGAUCCAGAGAAGAUUCGGAAACAGGACGCCACAUUCACCAUUGUGUACAUUGCUGGUAAUGUUGUGGGCCAGUCUUUGGCUUGGGACUUUGUCAGAACCAACUGGAACCACUUAUUUAAUGAUUAUGGAGGGGGAUCGUUGUCCUUCGCACGGCUCAUUGAUGGAAUCACCAGGCGCUUCUCCUCAGAGUUUGAACUGAAACAGUUGCAGCAGUUCAUUGAGGAGAAUGCAGAGCAGGGUUUUGGUUCAGCCACACUAGCAGUGGACCAGGCCCUGGAGAGAACCAAAGCCAACAUGAAGUGGGUUGCAGAGAACAAGGCAGACGUCUACAAAUGGUUCACUGACAAUUCAACAUAAACUUAUUUGUGGACUGUUUGGAGUUUCAAUUCAUAUGUGGAGAAUACAAGCAUUUAGUGUUUCAUCAUGUGGAAUUCAUUAUUUUUCUGAAAUAUUUGCCUGAAAUUUUUUACCCAGAACCAAUAAAGUUUACAUUGUAAAAAUA